AUGACAACGCCGUUGGGGCUCGCCUUCGCCGCCGCGCCUCGUCUCGCGCUGUUCGGGCAGCGGCGUCCCGCCGCCGCUCCUCGACCUCGACCGGGAGUCGCGCUGAGCCACCGCUACCGCUGCCAUCGCCUCCAGCCGCAGCUGGCGGCGCAGACCGGCCGGGCCGCCGCCGCAAGCCGCGGCGCCGCGGGAGUGCUGGGGCGGGUAAAUAACCAGGAGGACAAGACAGCGGCGGUCAGGGAGCUGCUCCUAAGCGCCGAGGCGCCGCCGCCGUCGGCGUACGACACGGCGUGGGUCGCGGUGGUGCCGGCGGCUGCGGGGUCCCCGCCGGCGCCGCGGUACCCGGGGUGCGUGGACUGGAUCCUCCGGAGCCAGCGACGGGACGACGGGUCGUGGGGGCCCGGCGGCGGCGACCCCUCGCUGCGCAAGGACGCGCUCUCGUCCACGCUGGCGUGCGUGCUCGCGCUCGCGACGUGGGGCGUCGGCGGCGACGCCGUCGCGAGAGGGCUGCGUUUCAUCGGGCGCAACUGGUCGUGCGUCACGGACGGCAGCAGCGACGACGACGCGCCGGCCGGGUUCGACGUCAUCUUCCCCGGCAUGGUCGCGCGGGCGAUCGGCAUGGGGCUGGAGAUCCCCCUGGUCGGCCAGGCCGACGUCGACGCCGUCCUGCGGCUGCGCGACGUCGAGCUCGACAGCAUGGCUGCUGCGGCUUCUGCAGGUGGCCAAGUUGCUUUCAUGGCCUACGUGGGAGAAGGCUUGGGGGACUUGCUGGACUGGGACCAGGCGGCGGCGGUGCACCAGAGGAAGAAUGGGUCCUUCUUCGACUCGCCGGCCACGACGGCCGCCGCCGCCAUCCACGGCCGCAACGACAGGGCGCUCGCCUACCUGGACUCCGUCGUCGCCAAGUUCGGCAGCGCAGUGCCCACCGUGCAUCCUCGGAGCGCCUACUCCCGGCUUCGCAUGGUGGACACUCUGGAGAAGAUGGGCAUCUCGAGGAGCUUCUUGUCGGAGAUAAACACCACACUCGACAUGAUCUACAGGUCCUGGCUCACCAACGACGAGGAGAUCAUGCUGGACAUGGCGACAUGCGCGAUGGCAUUCCGCCUCCUGCGUUUGCACGGGUACCACGUCUCAUCCGAUGGGUUGGCCCGAUUCAGCAACGAAUCCAGCUUCCAUGCUUCGAUCCAGGGGCAUCUCAACGACACCGAGGCGUUGCUGGAGCUUCUGAAAGCCUCGCACGUCCAGAUCUCGGAGGAGGAGAUGGUCCUGGAGAGCAUCGGCUCCUGGUCGUCCGAGCUCCUGGAGCAGCAGCUGCGCUCCGGCAAGAUAUCCAGACAUGUUGACCCUGCUGAGGUUGAACAUGUGCUCAAAUUUCCCUUCUACUCCAACGUGGACCGGCUGGAGCACAGGUGGAACAUCGAACACUUCAAGAAGCAGCAGGGCUUCCAGAUGCUCAAGUCGGCGUACCGCACCUGUGACGCAGAUGAAGAGAUUGUGUCGCUGGCUGUGGAUGAGUUCCACUCCUGUCAGGCUGCGUACCAAGAAGAGCUUCAGUGCAUCGAGAGGUGGGUGAAAGAAGUGAGGGUGGACGAGCUGGACUACGCGAGAGUGAUGCCGCUGAUCUGCCUCUUCCCGUCCGCUUCCACCAUGUUCCCCGCCGAGCUGUCCGAGGCCCGCAUCGUGGCGGCCAAGACCAACAUCCUGGCGACCAUCGUCGACGACCUCUUCGACGUCGGGGAGUCGAGGGAGGAGAUGGAGAACCUCGUCACCUUGAUCGAGAUGUGGGACGCGUACGAACAAGUCGGCUUCUACUCGGAGCGCGUGGAGAUCGUCUUCCGCGCGGUCUACGACACGAGCAACGACAUUGCGGCGAGGGCCAUGACGGUGCAGAAGCGCAGCGUCAUCCACCACAUCGCCGAACGGUGGGCGGAGCUGGCGAGGGUGAUGAUGGUGGAGGCGGAGUGGCGGAUGAGCGGGCACACGCCGUCCAUGGAGGAGUACAUGGCCGUCGCGGAGCCGUCCUACGCGCUGGGCACCACCGUCCUCACCUUCCUCUUCUUCGUCGGGCCGGAGCUCUCGGAGGACGUGGUCCGGGGCCCGGAGUACGGCGAGCUGUUCCGGCACAUCAACAUCUGCGGCCGCCUCCUGAACGACCUCCAGUCGUACGAGCGGGAGAAGGCCCAGGGGAAGAUCAACAGCGUCCUGCUGCUCGCCGGCCGCCGCCACGGCGGCUCCGUCGAGGCGGCCAAGGAGGAGGUGAGGGGCAUCAUCGCGGCGUCCAGGAGGGCGCUGCUGCGGAUGCUGGUCCGCGACGGCGGCGAGGUGCCGUGGCAGGUCCGGCGGGAGUUCUGGAACAUCUCCAAGGUGGUGCACCUGUUGUACAUGGAGGUGGAUGGCUACGCGUCGCCCAAGGAGAUGAUGCGAGCGUCGAACGAGGUGGUGGCCGAGCCGCUGCGGAUUGCGGGGAAGACGAAGACCCACACCCUGGCGGAGUCCGAUAAAUUAGGGCAUGCCUUCUUCUCAUAACUACGUGGGCUACCCGCGCAUUUGCGCGACUAGAUACUAUAUAAAAUUAUAUCUUUUAUUUUGUAUUCUAAAUUUGUGCUUUUCAAGUUUUGAGUACAAAUU